AUUAUUAUCAUUUUUUUAAACGCAGAAAGCUGUCAUAUUUUUCGAACGGGACGGAGCAUCCGCUUCUAUACAAUUCAGAAUUCAGACUUCCCAACUUGUUCUUCAAUUUAUUUUAUAAUAUAAUCUCAAUGCUCUUCCUUUUUCUUCAUUAAUGGCGUACGCAUUCAAUUCCCUUUUUUAAUAAUUCCCUGAAACUCCCCUGAAUUUUCCUCUGCAAAAACCUCCACGCCAUUGAAGCAGACCCAAUUUCUGAACUCUCUCUGUUUUCCUUCUCUUGUCAAAAAUGGCUCAGCCGCCAUUGAAGCAGCUCACCACCAUCUGUACAUCGAAGCCUGCUCCAUUAACGACCUUUCUCUUCAUCAUCAUCAUCUGCCUUCUGGGUUUUUACACAUUACAUUUCUCGACCUCGUCGCUCUCUGCAACUUCGAGUCCGCGAAAUUCCCUCCGGUUUCAGCAGCUCUUUCUUUCAUCGGCUUCGAACUACACCGUCGCGUCCUAUCUCC